AUGGGAUCCCGCCUGCUGCUGAUGCUGAUGCUGCUUCAGGCAGUUUGGAAAGGUGCUUUGGGAAAAUCCCAUUCGCUGCACACCCGAGGAAUCAUAGAACUGGCAGGAGCUAUAUCGUGCGGCACGGGACGGUCUCCCUUGGCAUAUAUUGGCUAUGGAUGCUACUGUGGACUGGGAGGACAAGGCUGGCCUAAAGAUAAAACUGACUGGUGCUGCCACAGGCACGACUGCUGCUACGACAAGGCAGAGAAGGAAGGCUGCAGCCCCAAAGCACAGCGCUACCAGUGGGAGUGUGAGCAGAAUGCCGUGCGGUGCGAUAACCUGACAGACCGAUGUGAAAAAAUGGUGUGCCUGUGUGACCAAGAAGCAGCCAAGUGUUGGGGAGCAGCCCCAUACAACCCACACUUCAUCCUCUGGCCAGACUUUUUAUGUGGACAGACUCAUCCCACCUGCCAUUUCAGAUAUGGGGGGGCAGAAUAGUCUUUUUAGGACCUUUCUUCUAACCCUUUGAAUCUGAAGGUGCUGGAAUAAAAUUUUACCUCUUUUACCA